CAGCUGUUCGAAAUUGUUAUUUAUUUAUUGUUGUAAUAGACUGUUGUAAUAAACUGCACUUUGCAUCAUCCUAUCGUUGGAAAACGACAACAACUGGUUGCCAAUAGCAACAGCUUUCCCAUGGCAACGCAGGAGUAAACAGAGCUUUAACAUUUAUAUUAGCUGCAAACUAAGUUGGUAAAUUUGCAACAUGUUUAUUCUGGAUACAAUCUUGCCGUAUAUAUUUGGGUAUAUCCGUCCGUUUAUUAAGUGGUUCCUGCAUGUGUUCACCCGCCUGUCUGAGCUUCAGCGCAUAUGCUAUGGCGCCAGAACAGGUGCGCCCAGAAUACGGCAAAUUGAGCGUUCCCUGCUGCAAUCGAAGCAUCCGGAUAUUAAGACCAUGAUCAGAGAACUCGACGAAGCAGCGCCUUACGCUGAGGAUAGAGAGCUGCUGUACUUUGCGCCACGCGCCGUGCAAGUGAUCUCACGUGUGAAGCGCAUUAAGAGCAACGUGCAUCCCGAUUUUGGCAGACUGUUUGGCAAUUGUGUUACCGCCAUUUGGGGCUAUAAGCGGCUCAUGCACCAGGUGGAAGAACUACGGGCUGAGGCUUAUGAUGCGGCCAACCUUGAGCACGAAGAAAAGCUUUUAAUGCUAUGGCAGCUGCUUAUGCCAGAUUCUCCGCUGACGGGGCGCAUUUCCAAGCAGUGGCAAGAUAUUGGUUUUCAAGGCGACGAUCCCAAAACGGACUUCCGUGGCAUGGGCUUGUUGGGACUUGAAAACCUAUUGUACUUUGCCAGCCAUUACAACGAUGCCGCCAAACAUGUGCUCCUGCAUUCGAUGCAUCCCACUCUGGGUUACACCUACGCCAUUGUGGGCAUCAAUCUAACUGCCCUAGCGGUGAAUCUCCUCAAGAGCGGCGCAGCGAAGACACACUUUUACAAUCAGGUGGCAGCGCACAAGCAGAACUUUAGCACACUGGAUGAUUUUCAUAAAUUAUAUUGCUAUUUGUUCUUUGAAUUUGAUCGCUUCUGGAUGGACAGCUCGCCCAGGAAUAUAAUGGACUUCCGUGAGGUCUAUCAGGCCUUUGAGAUAACCAAACUGCAGGCGUUGCACAAUGAUGGCACAAUUUUUAAAACGAAUCUGGUAGUAGAGUCUGUGUAGUUCAAUUGUAAUUAAAAAAUGUUCAUAGCAUAGAAAAUUUAUAUUUGUAUAAAUGCAGCUUUUAUGCGUUUAUUUGAGAGC